AUGUCCGGCCGCGUGAUGCUGAUGGCACUUCUCUUGGCAUUCACUGCACAGACAUUGGCCCAAGAGACCAAGAACAUCAGUACAAAGCAGAUGGCGCGGCUGCCCAAGGGCAAUGUCAGCCUUGGGCUGAACCGCUCGGUGGCAACAUCCCAUGACUCCCAGAGCGCCUUGCUACGUGGCACGGCGAACCUCAGUGCGCAGGCCGGAGUGAAAGGUCUGUCGUAUACUUCCAUUUGUCAGGCAUAUCAAGCCGCCGAUGGGCGAACUGCACGAUGGACGGAUAAAGAUGGUCAACGUCGGUCAAUGGAAUAUGCGGUUGGAUCGCGGGAUUGUAUUGGAAGAUGUGGACCCGGUUGCUUUGGCUCCCCCGUUUACACUCAGGAAUGCUUAAAUCAUGAUGCAUGUGUGGAAAAUGAGGGAGAGCAAUUCGGAGCAUGUGCCGAUGAGUGGCUUGCAGCUGCUUAUGGGUUUGUUUUUGCACCAAAGUGCUGA